AUGCCACAUACUAAAGUUAUCCCGGAACUUUAUCAUGCAAUUUUGUGGAAAUACAAAGCAGAAGGAAACGCAAAUAUCGUCCUGAUAUUUGUUGGGAAAAAUGAAAGAUUUUUUGGAACUGUUCUUCGACUUAAAAAGGCAAUUAUUAGUAACCAAGAUACCGGCAUUAAAAAUGCUAAUUCGUUCGAAAAUGGUUUUACGAAUUCAUACGCCUCCUCGGUCAUUGGGCCUCUUCUUGGUGACGAAUAUAUUAGUAAAUCGAUAUUGUUAGAAGUUCCUCAAACGUUUCUGAAGGCGUUGUCAGAAGCUAUCCGUCCUAUGCGUCCCAGCGAUCGAAUUUGUAAAGAUAUUGAUUUCAAUCAACUCUAUGGCAUAUUAACACCUGAUCAUACAAGAUUUGUAUCUGAUGCAAAUCUUACAUUAUCUAUUGAACUUAAGCCAAAAUGGGCAUUUUUGCCAUCUUCUCCUCUCAUAAAUUCUAAAAAUUCUGAAAAAUUUCAAUCUUGCCGAUUUUAUGAAAUAAGGUUGAAAUGUGCGAUUGAAGGGCUAUUACUUAGCCCAAACAAUAAUUUAAAAUUAUUUAUACAAGGAAUGCAAAUACAUAUUGGACAGGAAGAUUGGUCCCCACAAUUAUACGAAUUUUUCAAUUUCAAUCAAUCUUCAACAGAUCUCAAAAAAAAAUA